AUGACGGCGGCAGUCGACAAGAUCGACGGCUCAGACACCGAGGUCGAGUCCAGGGGCAUCGAGACCAUGGUGCAGGAGGCAAUGCAGGAGGCCAGCGAGCGCUCACUGACGGAGCAGGAGAUCCAGGAGGAGUUCGACGCCCUGAACCUAGAUCAGACGCUGCCCUACUAUGAAGGCGCGGCUGCAGCAGUGACCCACCUGCGCGCCAAGGCGCACCCCGCCGAGGAGCGGCAGCAUGGGCAGCCCUCCGAGGAGCAGCGCGCAGAGAAGCAGCCCGCCGAGGAGCAGCGCGCAGAGAAGCAGCCAGCCGAGGAGCAGCGCGCAGAGAUGCAGCCAGCCGAGGAGCAGCGCGCAGAGAUGCAGCCAGCCGAGGGGCGGCGCGCAGCGACGAUGCAGCCAGCCGAGGAGCAGCGCGCAGCGAAGAUGCAGCCAGCCGAGGAGCGGCGCCUAGCGAAGAUGCAGCCAGCCGAGGAGCCGAGGAGCAGCUUGCCGCCCCCGGCCGCCCCGAGUCCUGGGACGCCCCGUGGCCCGCCUCCGCCCACGCCCUCGGUGGAGCAGAUCGAUUCGGACGAGGACAGGUCAGCGAGCUGGGUACCAGCGCCAGAGACGCCGCAGCUGGCGGACACGCCAUCGUACAAUCCAGCGGACUCGGGCUCGCAGCUGCCGAUCGGGCUCUCGCAGCAGACUUCGGACGAGCAGGAGACGCCAGUGCUGCCAUCCUUCAAGCGGUCGCUGACAGACGAUGUGCAAGUGGAGACCAAGAAGUCCAAGAGGUGGCAGAGUAAUCGCCUCGUGAGCCCGCCACGCGCGGAGGAGCGCGUGCCAGCGCAUCCGCGCUCGCAGCGGCCGCUCACGGCGCCGCCGCAGCUGGUGGGCCAGCGCCUGCAGCAGCCAAUCGAGAGCAGCCACAUCAACAAGCAGCAGGCGAUGACAGCGCCGAGCAUCGACCAGAUGGCGCGGGCACCUCUCGAUGGCAACUGCGGCAUCAGCAAGGAGCAGCUGGCGGAGAAGCUCAAGCAGAAGUUCGACGAGCUGGUCGCAUCCGACACGGGUGCGGACUUGGACGAGAUGGGCAAGACUUUCCAGGACUUCUACAAGGGCUCCUUGAUCGUGCAGCUGCGCGCGAUGCGCCCUGAGACCGCGGAGAAGUCUCUGGAUGACGACUUCGGCGCCGACCCGAAGGAGCCGGCUCUUGACAGGGAGGAGCGCCUCAUGCGGGAGUCCUUGGAGGAGAGGUCGUUCAAGUUCAGCACGGGGAAGAAGAAGGGCAACGCGAUCGCGGGCAGAUGGGCCAGAGUGAUGGAGACAUCGAACGAGUGGUCUGAGAAGUACCUGGCGGCGGAGGGCUACCCAGCCAAAAAGACGGUCCGCGAGGAGUGGGCGAAGUGGUCGUUCCACAGGUGGCAGAAGAAGCGGGAGUUCAGCAAGACGCAGACGAACAGCAAGAAGCAGACGAUGAAGGGCGUCUACAUGCCGCUGGCCAGGCUGGCGUGGAAGUUUGGCGGGGGGUCAACUGGUGCCAAGCUGGCAUACACGUAUGCUGGGAAGGCAGUGCUGAUGGGGGGCAUCUUCACGAAGUGGUGCAACAUGACGGACUGCCUGUUCUACCUCUACGUGGAGCACUCGUUGGGGGACACGUGGCAGCAGAGCUGGACCAGCCACGAGGUCUGGAUGGAGUCGGGCUGCGUCGGCGACCAACCACUUCCUGGCGCAGAUGGUGCGGCGAGCGCGCCAUGCACUCCGCUGCCGCGCCCUGGCGCAGAGGCGCCCAGCGAGGAGAAGCAGGCAGCCGCAGCCGCGACAGGGGGGCCUGGACACGAGGCCGCCAGCGGCAAGGGAGGCGGCGAUGGCGACGGCAACGGCACCAAGAAGAAGCUCGCCGUGAAGGCACCCGAGUGGAUGAAGGACUUCCGCAAGCUGCGCACGCUGUUCGCGCAGUACACAUCCCAGGUGUCCACGUUGGAGGCGCUGAUCAAAGCGGACGCAGCUGAGGGCACGAACGAGUGGAAGUUCGCAGCAGGGAAGGAGACCAGGGGCGAGCUGGACAAUGCUAUCAAGCAGCAAUAA